AUGAAAAUAAAAAAGAAGAAACGGAGCUGGGCAGCUUCAUUUGUUCCAAAAAAGAAUAGCUUUAAUAAUAAUAUUGAGGUUAAAACACAAGAAAAAGGAAAGGAAGGAGGAGAAGAAAAAUUAUUAAAGAAUAAUAAUAGAAGAAAACCUUUAGGACCUAGCCUUUCGUGGGAUCCUCAACAACAAAGACAAAUAAAAGAACAAAGAUCAGUCAUUUCAUCUCCCGGAAGCCAAACUUCACGGUCACGAAUUCAUUCAGACGGAAGUACUAAAAAGCCUUCAAUAUUGAGCAGAGAAAAUCUUUGGCCUUUUUCUUCUUUAGGCAAAUCUUCCCUUAAUUCUUCUGAAGAGAAAAAAGAAAAUAUUAAAAAACAAUUUUAUCCACAAAAGAAAAUAUCCACAGCUACAUUACUUGGAAAAAAGAGGAAAAAGAGCAGUUCUGUUGUUUUUUGUAAAAGAGGAAAUCGUUCAAAUUCAUUGAGUGCAUUAAGUGGCGAUUUAUUACCAAUUGAAGAUGGCGUUAAUAAAACUGCUUUAGAAUUAAAUUGGUUGGUUUUUGGGUUAAAAACAAGGGAAUUGGGGAAUGUUUGGAUUUGUUUUGUUGAUGUUUUGCUUCUUUAUGUUCAGAUUGUUUUUGUCCUUCACUGUGCUCUUCUUGCCGAAUAUAGAACUAGCGGUUUACGUGCUGAAAUUGAGUGUGCCGUUAAGCGUUUAGCAGCCCGUCUCACUUUCAGUGGAUCUCCUGCCCGUGCAAGGCGUAUGUUUGCAGAUCAUCAUCACCACCAACAACAACAAAGAGAGAAGAAAACUUUAGAAGAAAACGAAAGGCAAAUGGAAAUGCUUCGCCGUCAAAUGGGCACUCCUGAUAUUGUGGUAUCCUCUUGUAAUUCUGAAGGAACACCUGAAAGUGCAGACGAAGGUUUUUGGGCUAAUCCUUCACCUCAACAUUUGGAAGGUUCAAAUUGCGGGAAUGACCGUUGGAAUACUUUAAAUAAUCAAGAAUUAACAACAAUAACUAGUGGUAUUCCUUCAUCCCUAUCUUCAACAAAUUCCCCACAACAUUCGGGAGGAGGAGAUUUAUUAAUACAAGACAGAAGAAUUGUUAAAAAUGAUGGAGGAAAUAUAAUUCAAAUGGAUACUUUAAAACCUCCCGGAUUUCCUUUUGGAAUUCCUCUACUUUCAAAUUCUUCUCCUUCAAAUUCUUCUUCAUUUUCUCCUUGUUAUACUAGUAAUUGUUCUUCAAUAGAUAAUGGAGGAUUAAAUCAAUGUUCUUCCCCUCCACGUAGCAAUAGUGUUGAUUUAAGUCAAUUGAGAAGAGAUAUUGAAUUAUGGAGUGUUAGUAGUUUAAGUAGUGCAGAAGCUGGAUCUUCUACUGGAGAAAGGACUGCGGGAAUUUCCACUCCAGGGGGUGACUCUAUUCGAACAGUUCGUUCACGUUCUUUUGAUCCGAGUGGUUCGCCUGAUUGUGUUUUAAGACGUCCAAGUCGAAUAGAGCAUUUAUCUGAAAUAUUUAGAAAGGCUUUGGCUAAAUCUCCAGUCGUUAAAAGAGCAGCGGCUUUACAAGAACAAGAACAAAAACGGGCAACAAAACACCGUACAAGUCGUUAUUGGUUAGAAGAACAAAUAAAUUCAUCAGAACAUAUUUGGUUACCUUCUUGUUCAAUUUCUUCAUCAACAAAUAUAGAUACAGAAUGUUAUUUAGGGGAAACAGAUUGUGGAAGAAUAGGGGAAAAGAGAAGAUGUGCUGCUUGCCAUAUUGUUGCACAUACUGCUUGUUUUCCUUUAUUGGCGAAGAUGAAUUUAAACUGUAAAAGUACAUAUCGAGAUUCCCAAACAAAUCGCCGUCAACAUUGUAGGGAUGGUCAAGAUUCCCUUUACAAACAUCAUUGGGUACAUAGAUGGAGAUUGGAAGGGAGGUGUUUUCAUUGUGGAAAGUCUUUUCAGCAAAAAAUGUUUAGAGAAAAGGUAAUGACCAGUGCUUCGAAAUUUCAAAUUUGCUCGUACUCGUACUCGUACUUCGUACCACCUCUUUUUUUGGCCUCGUACUCGUACUCGUACCUCGUACCACCCCCAUUUUUUUGCUCGUACUCGUACUCGUACCUCGUACCAGCCUUAUUUUAG